AUGGCUACGAGCAACAAUCUUUUGGAUACCAGCCAGAAACCUGCUUUCCUACUGGCUAUGAUUCAGCGAUGGCUCCAAUUUGUCUUGCGGAUCAUCGUCAUGUUGAUUGCGGCCAUCAUUGUCACCCUUGCUACACAACUACGCACCGACUCGGGCUUCACAGGAGCCACUUUAGUCACGCUAAUGAGCUUUGGAGAUAUGCUUGCAACGAUAGUGCAAUCUUACACUACACUGGAGACAAGCAUUGGAGCUGUGGCUCGUCUGAAAGCUUUCAGUUCAUCAACAGAGCAAGAGUCAAAGCCAGAUGCAGAGCUUCUUCCAGAUCUAAAUUGGCCCUCAAAAGGUCAUAUCGAGGUGAAUAGUGUAUCAGCGUCAUACAGCGCGAACGAAACAUCCGAUCAGGACGCAAUGGCCCUUCGGAAUGUCAGUAUCACAUUCAACGCCGGUGAAAGCGUCGCAAUUGUAGGGCGAACAGGAAGCGGGAAAUCUUCUCUCCUUCUUCUUUUACUACGACUUCUAGAUCCUUCGCCUGCAGAUGGGCCUUCGAGCGGUAUUACAGUUGACAGUCUCCGCCUUGAAAGUAUUGAUCGAGAUCUUGUGCGUCGGCGUAUCAUCGCUGUCUCCCAGGAUCCUGUCUUUCUACCUCAAUGCGCAGGGUCAACAUUGAGGACUAACUUGGACCCAUUUCACGAGGCAUCGGAUGAUGACAUUCUCAGCACCUUAGAUCUACACGGUCUAGCCUUCUUAACAAAGGUGCAGGAAGGCUGUGAGGAGGAUGAAACUAGACUUGAUGGCUUAUUCUCAACCACUUCCCUCAGUCACGGCCAGAAACAACUAUUCAGUCUGGCACGGGCAGUCGUCAGAAAGCGGGUAAGAAGACAUGCUGGUGCCAAUGGGGGCGUUCUUCUUCUUGACGAAGCAUCGUCCAGUGUUGAUUCUGAAACCAAUGAGGUGAUGUGGAAGAUAAUUGAGAACGAGUUUGUGGGAUAUAGCAUUAUCAUGGUUGUACACCGCCUCGAUCUGGCUAUGAAAUGUGAUCGGGUGGUUGUAAUGGAGGCGGGCAGGGUGAUGGAAAGCGGCCAUCCAGGGGUCUUGAGACACCAGCAAAACGGGGCUUUCAGGGCCCUCAUGGAAACGAUGGAGUCUGGCAACGGUGGAAAAAAAGAUACGGAUAGACUAGACUAG